AUGUCUCAAUUCGACAAGACGUUGUUAAGGCAGUGUCCGGUCUUACAACCAACAGAAGAGGAAUUUGCAGAUCCCAUCAAAUAUUUAUCUAGCGAAGCUAUUUUGCAAUUGGGCAAAGUAUACGGUAUUGUGAAGAUUGUCCCGCCAAUUAGCUGGAAACCAAGUUUUCAAAUAUCGCCCAGUUUUAAGUUCCAUGUUCGGGAGCAGGUGAUUAGUGACUUGGGUAUCACAACGAGAUCAAGAAAGUUCUUUAAGGAGAACAUCAAUAGGUUUUUGAAAAUGAGGGGGAAACGGUUAUUGAAGGUAUUUUUCAAAGUUGAAGGUCACAAAGUCUAUUAUUAUGAUCUAUAUGUUUUAGUGGAAAAGAUGGGUGGUUUUCAAGCUAUGAAUAAGCUGCUUUGGCAAGAGAUCAACAAAAGCUUUGGUAUUGAUUUCAAGUCCAAGGCUAUUGAGAUGGAGUAUACUGCAUCAAUCAAGAAUUAUGCUAUUUUUUUAAAAUGCAAUCAAUCGGCUGAUUUCCCAGAGAGCGAUUCCGAAAACGAUUCUGAUAAUUGUUUGGUUUGUGGAGAAGAUGACAACCCUGAGGAAACUCUUCUUUGCGAUAAUUGUGAUAACGCUUUUCAUAUGAAAUGUUUGAACCCACCUUUAAAACAAAUACCCGAAGCAAAUUGGUAUUGCGACAAGUGUUUAGUAGGGACAGGCGAGUACGGAUUUGAGGAGCACCAGGAAAUCAAGUAUAGUAUACCUGAAUUUUAUCGAAUGUGUCAAGAAUUUGAUGCGAAAUUUUUCAAUGAGUAUAAUAAUGGACAGCCAAUGACUCUAGAUCAAAUUGAAGAAAAAUUCUGGGAAUUUGUUGAUAUUGAAAAAUCUGAUCUAGUAGUAAAGUAUGGUGCCGAUAUACAUAAUUUGAGACCGGGAGAAAUAAGCGGAUUCCCAAUGGCAAACACACCUGGAAUUGAUCUUUCAGAUCCGCAGAAUCAGUACUAUAUAAACCAUCCUUACAAUUUGACCAAACUUCCCUUUGCCAAGGGGUCGUUACUCAACUAUAUAAAUACAUCCAUUUCGGGAAUGACCGUGCCAUGGAUAUACAUUGGGUCACUACUAUCAACGUUUUGCUGGCAUGUUGAGGAUCAUUAUACACUCUCGGCUAAUUAUUGCCAUUUUGGCGCUACGAAGAAAUGGUACGGAAUACCAUCUUCACAUGCGUCCCAGUUUGAAGACUUGAUGAAGAAAUCAGCACCAGAUUUGUUCCAGAAACAACCGGAUCUUUUGCAUCAAAUAACUACAUUAAUGAACCCAAUGAAACUAGUUGAGAAUGGCAUACCAUGUUUUUAUGCCGACCAGGAGCCGAACGAGUUUGUGGUGACGUACCCAAAAGUGUACCAUGCUGGCUUCAAUUGCGGCUUCAAUUUCAACGAAGCUGUUAAUUUUGCAAUGAAUGAAUGGCUCGAGUUUGGUGAGCAGUCGAUAAUUAAUUACAAGCCAAUUAAGAAGGAAAAUGUUUUCAAUUAUUAUGAAUUGGUGGAGAAUAUUUUGAAAGAGUUUAGUCAAGAGAAUGAAACUUCAAAAGAUAGAUUGGACUUGGUUAUGAGAAGCAUCGAGGUGUUUGAAAAGUUUUUGGAUAAUCAAGAGCUUUUAUUAGAAAAGAUGAAAUCAAAAGCACUUAAAGUGGAGUACAAGCCAAGAGCAAGAGCAAGAGAAAAAGAAAGAGAAAAAGAAGAAGCUUGCAAGGAAAGUCUGCUCAACAGUGAACAAAAGGGGGUAACUGAAGAGGAUUCCGAUGAAGAGCAAUUGUGCUAUAAUUGCAAGACCCAUUUGGGAUUCCAGUAUUGCUUACUUGGAGAAGAGGACAACGAGAAGGAGGAAGAGAGGGAGGAAGAGAGGGAGGAAGAGAGGGAGGAAGUGGUGGCGGUGGAGGUGAAGGUAGAGGGGAAGAAGGAUCAGGAUCAGGAUCAGGAUCAGCCACAAGUGCACAAGGAUUCCUCUUUGGGAUCAUUUAAACCACAAUUGCUUACACCCGAGGCUUCUCCUCAAGAGCGAGUAGGUAAGAAAACACCAAGUGAAGCUGUCAACGUCGUAGCAAAGUCAGAUUCUGCUGAAGAGCUAUUCCAAUUAGCACCACCACCAUCAAAAUCAAAAUGCGUAAUGGAUGAGUAUGAUGAAUUGAUUUCCCAAACUAAGAAAAGAACACAAGAACAGGAAGUUUUAAAUCGACAUCAAAAAAAGAGAAGAUCUACUAGAAUACUGCAUUUUGAAGAACAACAAUUUCAAAAAGCAGCUGAGUUACUAAAACUAAAGAGGAAACAUCUGGGACUCAAGAAAUCGGGUAAUAAGAAAACUGAUAUCAAUUCAAGAAAGAAUUGUUUAAAUUGUGUUCUUGAGAAAACGCAUAUACCGAAGAAUACGGUUUUGAUGUAUCAAGAUCAUCCUGAAGAAUUGAGAAAACUUUUAAACGAGGUCAAGUUGAAAGUUCAACAAAUGGAUCAAUUGAGAGCAAUUGUUGUGUAA